UGCAGGCGGGGGAAUAGCGAGCUGGUCCCGGCAGGUGGCGGUGUUGGUGUAGGACUGGCCUUACGGGAUCGGCGGGAUGAAGGCACCUGGCGAUGAUGGCCGUCAGAGGCCGGCGCUAUGAGGUUUCAGUGGAAGCGGGUGGUGCGCUCGCUGCUGUUUAUUUAUUGUCUUUUUUCUAUUUACGCAGCUUAUAUCGUCUUUUUUCAAGGGCGGCGGGGAUCCGGGGACCUCCGGGUGACCGCCCCCAGAGAGCGGAGUAAAGACAGUGUUCGUCCAUUGCAGAAUGUUGAAGAGCAAAAUGAUUUUCAACAGCCAGAACGAGACGAUGAGUGGAAUCCAUGGGAAGAGGAUGAAAAGAUAGAGAGUGCUUUACAGCAUAAAGCUCAGCUACAGGGAUUUCAGAAACAAAUUUUACAAAACCGAUCCAGACAGAAGAAGGUACAGAUCUGGGGCAAAGCUGCAAUUGGGCUUUAUCUCUGGCAGCAUAUUCUUGGUGGCCAGCUUACACCAAACGAUGUGACAGCUCACUGGAGAGAAGGGCAACUGAAGGCUGGAAAUUUACAUCUUAGUUUCUGCACUGGUCCUACAGCAGUUCCUGGAAACAUCCCACUAGAUACUGAGAAUGUGGUGCUUGUGCUAAAUGGCAGGGAAGAAGAAAAGAUCAAGUUUGCCACCCAGUGGCUGCACUAUGUGCAGACACUCCUCCAGACAAACAAACUUCAACAUGUAGCUGUAGUUCUCCUUGGCAAUGAGAAGUGUGAAAAUGACUGGAUUGAACCCUACCUCAAAAAACACGGAGGAUUUAUCGAUUUGAUUUUCCUUGUGUAUGACAGCCCUUGGGUAAAUGAGGAGGAUGUUUAUCAGUGGCCACUGGGCGUGGCAACCUACAGGAACUUCCCCAUUGUGGAUCUCAACAACCUAAUGUUGCAUUCGUCAAGGCCAUACUUGUGCAAUUUCCUCGGAACUGUCUACAAAGGCUCCUCCAGGGAAAUCUUGUUGAAUGUGUUGAAACGGGAAAGACUCAAUACAAUGUGUCUUAUCUCAGUUAGAGAACAGUGGUUACCUCAAGAAACAAGUGAAAGUUUAAAGAAGUAUCAAGAUGCUUUGCUGCAAAGUGACCUCACGCUGUGCCCUGUGGGAAUAAAUACUGAAUGCUACAGAAUUUAUGAAGCCUGCUCCUAUGGUUCUGUUCCGGUUGUCGAAGAUGUCAUGACCCCAGGACAAUGUGGCAACUCAUCAGUGUUCCAGAAUGCCCCGUUGCGUCUCCUGAAGUUAAUGGGAGCACCAUUCAUUUUUGUAAAAGACUGGAAAGAGUUGCCUGCUAUUUUAGAAAAAGAGAAAGCAAUGAGUUUGCAGGAAAAAAAUCAGAGACGGAGAAUUGUCAUCGAGUGGUUUAAGCAAUUCAGAAUGCAACUGAGACAAAAGUUUGUUGAUAUCCUUGAAAGACAUUUUUUUUAAACACUUGGAUCUCCUUCCCGGAUGAUUUCUAACAUCUGUUUACUAUUGUAAACUACGUUUACUUUCGCUAAGUAUGCCAAUACAUUUGGCAUAAAAGUAUUAUGUAAAGGAACUGUCUCUUCCAUUUUGAUGUAGGUUCUGUUCUCUGUGAGGAACAUUUGAUGUUAUUUUCCACUUGAAAAAGAUAAUUUGGAACAUCUGACUCCAAUUCUGAAAUCUAUAUCCAUAGGAAAGUUGGAUUUUGACUUUAAAAUAAUGCGCUUGAUGGUUUGAGCCCUGUGCUUUUCUGAAGAAUGAAUAAUUUGAUUAUUUCCAGUUUAAUCAGAGAAAUAAGUCCUGACCGUGGCAAGCCGAAAUUCUCAGUACUUUACAGCCCUGUCACUGCUUCGAUCUUGCCCACUAUCAUUUAGGCUAGGCUUUACCCCUCGAAACACAACUAGCAUUAUGAAUUUAAAUGAGGGGACAAUGCACCAUUUUAAAUUAUCAAAGAAGAAUUGGUAUCAGAAUGUAUUUUAAAGGCACUGCUUUGUAAGUGCUGAGUUCUUAUGUGAGAGAAAGCUGGCUGGAUUUCUUCAGGACAAUUCAUGCAUUAGAAUUUGCUUUAUAAUAAUUCUGUUUCUGCACCCUUACAAUGCCCAGGUCAAAAUGGGAGUCAUCCUGGGCAUUCUUAAGUGAUGGGAGGAGCAGCAUUUGGGUGAGAUAUUCACUAGGUCUUCUCGGGAAAUCAUUUUUGAGGAGUGUGUUCUUCUACAGUAAAAAAAAAAGUCUGAUUGUUACUGUUUUAUAGGAGCUUACGAAUUAGCUACUUAUAUUACAAUAGUUACUAUCUCAGUUAAUACAUCAUUGGCUGUGAAAUACUUUUUGAUGUCUUGAGGUUGUGAAGAGCGAUUCAGAAGUGGAGAGCCUGUCUGUCUUUCUUACCCAGCCCUCUGGGCCUAUAGUUCUGCUUUUAUUUGAGUAGUCGUGUAGCAGUUCUCCAUUGAGAUGGACCCCAAAGCACAGUCUACUCUUCUAGAUGGUCCAGCAUUUCCAAUGGCGGUCAAAGUGACUACAGCACAUAAUCGUUUGAUGUCAGCUUGCAACAGGGAACUGCUGGACCUCGUACUGGGGAGCAAGGUCGGUCAAGCAUUUGCAAGGGACUAUGAUCAUCAUAUCCUAGAAUUGAGUUGGCUGUAAUCAAGGAGUGGGAACAAUCUAGUUUAAAAGUAAAUAAUUUAUGAGGCCCCACUUCAGUAGAGUGAGAACAGAAAAGCUGUAGUUAAUUGGAAUCAAAGAUUGGAGGGUAAAACUGUAACAAAAAAAAUAGAGUGCUUUCAAAGUCGAGGUAUUUUGGGCACACGAGGUUAAAUUGCCGUGAUGACAAACUAAUCCUGAACUCCAUGGACAAUGAAAGUGACAUAGAAACAUAGAAAAUAGGUGUGGGAGUAGGUCAUUCAGUAUGAUCAUGAUGAUCAUCCAACUCAGUCCCCUGUUCCUCCUUUCUCCCCUUUCUUACCCUUUGAUUCCUUUAGCCCUAAAGACUUCAUAAAACACCUUGACAAAAUUCAAUGUUUUGGACUCAACCACUUUCUGUGGCAGAGAAUUACCCAGGCUCUCCAUUCUCUGGGUGAAGACAUUUCUGCCCAGCUCAGUCCUAAAUGAUCCUUAGAUAGUGAUCCCUGGUUAUCGGAUACAUCCUGCCUUUACCCUGUCUAGUCCUGUUAGAAUGUUAUAGGUUUUCUUCUAAACUCCAGUGAAUAAAGUCCUGUCUUCAUUCGUUGUCUUGCCAUCUCAGGAAUCAGUUUGAUAAACCCUCAUUGCACUCCUUCCAUAGCCAGAUUGUCCAUACUCAGAUAAAGAAACCAAAACUAUAUACAAUACUGCAGGUCACCAAGGCCCUGUACAAUUGCAGCAAGAUGUUCCUGCUCCUGUACUUAAAUCCUUUUGCUGUGAAGGUGAACAUACCAUUUGCUUUCUUCAUCACCUGCAGUACCUGCAUGCUUGUUUGCUGACAGCAUACUAUAAAGCAGGAAGGGUAUAAAUGGCAGAUAUAAGGUGGUAUGAGUGAGAACAAGGCUGACUAUAGAAAGUUCAAUGGGAAAUAUGAAAAAAUAAUUGAGAAGCAAAGUGUAAGAGAAGAGACUUGUAGCUAAUAUUAAACUGAAUACAAAACUCUUCUACAGGCAUAUAAAUAGCAACAGGGUAAUAAAAGGAGGGUGACUGAUUAGAAACUGUUAUGACCAACUUGGGGAAGUGUGCUGAGUUUUGAGCACCACUAAUCAAGGGGUUAUGUUUUAAUCAAAGUGUGCAAAGUCCCCAAUGUACCUGUCUAAUGGAAUCACAUUAACAGAAAAUACUGGCCAUGUUCCUGUACUGAACAAGAACUACUAUUUAUUACAGAAAGAAUUGUUCACCUAUGACUAGAAAUAAUCUCUGAACUAUCAGUAUACAAUUCUAUUGGUUGAAACCCUAAUCUUUUAAAACCCCAUUACGCGCGCACACAAACAAAAGCAAAAUGGUGUUUUGGGUGGAACACAAAAUACUGGGGAAAUGUAGUUCUCUGGCAGCAGUCCAUAGAAUUCAAUGAGAUGUUCCUUUUGCUGCCUAAGACCACCUGUUCUUCGAUCUCUUCCGAGUUGUUUAAAUUCACAGGGGACACAGCGUUUGGAUACACUAACUACAAAGUUCCUUAUUUACUGGUUAAAGGCAACAGCUUACAGCAACUGGUCAGAGAAAAUAACUGGCUUGCUUUUGGUACUUUUACUGCAGUCAAUUAUUGACGUAGAACCUGCUGUUCCAGUAAUUCGGAAGCUUCAUACCUUCUAUUGUGAAUGAUCAGGCUGUUCACCUGCCCAAGAGACAAUCAGAGGGUUGCCUUCAGGCUGAUGACUUCACAACUGGCUGUAUUUGCAUGAACCAUUCAGUAACGUGUUACAGGUCAAAUGUCACUCUGUACAGGCACCUCUAAGCUGUGCCGUUUUAUCCCAGCUUCCCCCACUGCUUGCAAAGCAGCAAUGUAAACAUGAAUCACAAUGAGUUCCAAUAACUUGUUUUUAAAUUUGUAGCAAUUUCUUCCACAGUCCUUGGUUUUAAGACAGUUCUUUUUCAAUUUUAAAUGGGAGUUAUAUUGUCACCUGGAGAGAAAAGUCGAGGUCUAAGAGGAAGAAGUUUAUGUGGGACCAUGUGGGUUGCGUUUGCAAAGAGCCAGCAAGGAUACGAAGGGCUGAAUGGCUUCCUUUUGUGCCUAAUGAUUCUGUAACGACAGUCACAUAAUUCAUUCUGAAGUCUACAAGCAGGAACAAGGAUUUGUUUCCAUUGUCUUCCCUGUGGGUGCCAGUACUCAGUGGGAAAGGACUCUUCUGCUGUAGCAGUCUCCCCACAAGCACAGCCUGUCAUCAAUUACAUGCUUUUGUGAGCAUUAAGGCACUUCAGUCAGCAGGCAGACUUUGUCAUUAGGGAAGGCUGCUGUUCCAUUAGUCUGCAGCUUGUGAGUGACACUGCCACUGAAUCAAAUUCCUGGCAAGUAUUGUGCGACAUUUAUACUGUACAAGUUCACUAACUUCACCACCUCUCAAUCUCUAUUUAAACCAGCACAGUACUUGGACGCUACCAUGGGACAAGGCUACCCUUUGUACACAGGGCAGUUAAGAUCUCUACAAUUGCUUGCAGAGUGGCGAUUAGCUCGUGGGAUAGCUAGAACCAGCAUGAUGCACAUAUUUGGGGUCCUUUGGUGCCUGGUCCUGGACAGAUCUUGGAGUUCAUUCCAGUUGAGCCCGUAGAGAGGUUUUGAUGUCAUGGAUGUAUGCUGCAUUCUGUGAGGAUAUUGAGCAAAAAUAAAAUAGCAAUACCUGCUAGUGAUUGAUAAA